AUGAUUAAAGUUCUCUUUUGGAAUUCUAGAGGUGCAGGAAGUGAGAAAUUUAGAUCUGAUAUUGCAGAUCUUGUUAAAUUACAUUCAAUUGAUAUUUUGGCUGUUUGUGAACCCCGUGUCCAAUUUCCUAGAGCUAAAGAUUCACUCUUAUCUCUUGGAUUCUCUGAUUAUAUCAUUGUUGAAGCCAAUGGAUUUUCUGGUGGUAUUUGGCUCUUUUGGAAAUCUAAUCUCUUUAAGGUCCAUUUUGUGGAUAAAAAUUGUCAAUCAAUCACCGUUAGAGUGACUCUCUCUGGUGGUAUCACUUGGAUGCUUACUGUGCUUUAUGCUAGUCCUACUAACUCUGUUAGAAGCAAUCUAUGGAAUUAUUUUGAUCACCUGGUUUCAACACAUCAGUUGCCUUGGAUUUUUAUUGGUGAUUAUAAUGAGCUUUAUUCCUCUGCUGACAAAAACUUUGGUUCUAUGCGUGGAAGAAUCGGAGGGCUUAAGCAAUGGGCUGAUCAUAACGCCUUAAUUGAUAUAGGUUUCAUUGGGUCCAACUUUACUUGGUCUAAUAACAGAAUUAAGGAAAGGCUUGACAGAGCUUUUUGCACUUGUGAUUGGAGAUCUUACUUUCCUGAAGCAUUUAUAAGACAUUUGGCUAAAAUGAAAUCUGAUCACUGA